AUGGCGACCCCGUCUGUCCCCUCGUCGUCUCAUCUUCUCACCUUCAAAGCCUUCAUGCUCGCCUUCCUCUUCUGCUACACCAUCAUCCUCGCCAGCGCCCAGGACGACGACGACGACGACGAACCGACCUCGUCGGCAGCCCAACGGAGCGCCCCCUUCUUGGACCAGGCCACGGGCCUCCCGAUGGAGCGCUUCUUCGGCGCCCGCACCCAGUUCGGCUUCGCCAUGGCCCUCCCCGAGGAGCCCUCGCCGUCAUCCUUCAUCGGCCAGCUCUCGUUCCCGCUGGUCGACGGCGCCGGGUGGGGGGCCAUGGGCCUCACCGGCGACAUGGAGGGCAACUUCUUCCUCGCGGCGUGGCCGGACGGCCGGGGCGGCGUCACGGCGACGUUCCGCCAGGCGACUGACGAGGAGAACCCGCCCGAGGUGACGGGCCGCUUCGCCGUGCGGCCCAUCGCGGACGGCGUCUCAGUCAACGCGACGUCCCUCACGUACACGUUCCUCUGCGAGAACUGCCUCGACGCCACGUUGGGGCUGGGGCCCGAGGCCGCGGGCACCGACGCCGUCAUGGGCUGGGCGUUGUCAGAGCGGGCGGUGAGGAACCCGGGAGACCCCGGGGCGAACCUGGGGUUCCACGAGCGCGGGUUCGGGCCGUUCACGGCGCGUCUGGGGAGCGCGCGGUCUGCCGGGUUCGAUGCGGUUGCCGCGACGGCGGGCGCGCCGGUGGGCAGUUCCAACAGGGCGGUUGCCGUGACGCCGAAUGCCUUCCGGGGGGAGGGCGAGGGCAAUGGCGAUGAAGGUGGUGGUCGCGGCGGCGGCGAUGAUGACGAUGACUGA